UCUUGCAUUCCUACAAAACAUCAAAUCAAAUGGUGACUUCUUUGUUGGUUCCUGGUUGGAUAGAAGCACGACGUGCUAGUAAAAUCAAUGGAAGGAAGAUCCGACUCCCAGUUACCACUCUUCGAGGUCAACCACUCCUUCAGUGUACGGUUAUUUCUCUCUGUCAAACCAUUCGUUUCUGA